AUGUCCACCACUACCACCCCCACCCCCACCACCACAAUCCCCUCCACUUUCUCUUCCGUCCCCGCCGCCACAUCCCCUCCCUCUACUAAUUACCUUACAAACCUUGGCCUUGGCUAUUCAAUAGCCAUAGCCCUUGGCUUCCUAGUCCUUCUUUCCACUGUUCUCCUUGCUUCUUACAUAUGUUGUCGCGCUACCCGCAAUCGCUCUCGUAACUCUAACAACAACAACAACAACAACAAUAAUUAUUCAAACUCUACAGCUGAUGGCAUAAUACUUCCUCGCAUUAUUUUUGUUGCCGAAGACGACGAAGAACAAGAACGUGAUUUGGAAAGUGCUGCUGUUGGUCUGGACCAGGCUGUUAUAAACUCGUACCCGAAAUUCCAGUUUAGUAAAGAUGGUGGGUUCAGUGAAAGGACCAAUAAUUUUAGUAAUACUUGCUCGAUCUGUUUGUGUGAGUAUAAAGAUUUGGAGAUGUUAAGAAUGAUGCCUGAGUGUAGGCAUUAUUUUCACUUGAUUUGUCUUGAUGCUUGGCUUAAACUUAAUGGGUCCUGUCCAGUUUGUCGGAACUCACCGUUGCCUACUCCGCUUUCUACACCGUUGUCGGAGGUUGUGCCGUUGUCGCAGUACGCGGCGGAUCGGAGGAGGAGACAGAUGCCGAAACCUAACAUUUCUGUGAAGUUUGGAAGAUGGGGAGGAGUUCGCAGGCCAACUUUUAUUCUUGGUAUUUUAGCUUUUUUGGUCUCUAUUGCUACUCUGUCCAAAUUAUAUUCUAUCAGAUCUCUUUUUAUUUCCGAUACCUUCUGCAGUCAUGUAAAUAUUGAGUGUCAAAGCAGAGUUCAGAGUGAAGCACGAACCGCUGUUGAAGCUAUUGUUAAAAAGAUCCACAAAGAAAUGAAUGAGAUGAGAGAUUUGUCAAUAGACCCGUCAGCAGAAACACUCACGUCAAGAUACAGUGCUUUUCUCGCUGAUAUUUUGAGGCUUAUUGAGUCAUUACAGAUAUCAGGAAAUCCUCAGGAAAAAAGUGAAAUCAGAGCUGUCCACCCCCUAGUAAGGCGAAAACAACGGUUGGAUGAACCUGACGAGUUCUUUCUGAUAGAAGAGAUUCGCAAAUAUGUAAGGACCAAACCCAACCGUUUAGGAAAACAGAACUUCAUGGGAGCAAAUGGAACAUUCACGAGCAUUGGCCAUGCUUGUUUUGCAAUGAAGAAAGAUCUUGAAGAGUAUAUGGAUUAUGAUGUAGGUGAAAUCUGCAAAGAUGAUUGGAAGCUAGCUCAAAGGCUGAUGGUUCAUGGAUGUGAUCCAUUACCGAGGAGGAGGUGCUUUGCAAGGGCCCCACAACUAUACAGCAAGCCAUUCCCCAUUAACGAGUCCAUGUGGAAACUUCCUGACAAUCGAAAUGUCCGAUGGAGCCAGUACAAGUGCAAAAACUUCACUUGCCUAGCUAGCAAUACAACUCGCAAGGGAUUUUUUAAGUGCGCAGAUUGCUUCAAUCUCUCGGACCAUGAAAUGCCAAGAUGGAUCAAACAUGUGAAUUCUGACCCCAAGAUGAAUCUUACAGCAGAUUUUCUGAUACCUGAAGUUCUUAACAUCAAGUCAGGAGAGAUCAGAAUUGGAUUGGAUUUCAGUGUAGGAACUGGGACUUUUGCAGCAAGACUGAGAGAGUUCAACGUCACAAUAGUCUCGGCAACUAUCAAUCUUGGGGCACCUUUUAGUGAAAUGAUUGCUCUUCGGGGACUUUUACCUCUAUACUCGACUAUAAAUCAACGGCUUCCAUUCUUUGAUAAUACUCUGGAUUUGUUACACACAACAAGGUUUCUUGAUGGAUGGAUAGAUUUUGUGCUCCUAGAUUUUAUAUUGUAUGAUUGGGAUAGAGUUCUGAGGCCAGGAGGUUUGCUAUGGAUCGACAGCUUUUUCUGUUUAAAGGAAGAUUUGGAUGAUUAUUUGGAAGCCUUUAAGAUGCUAAGGUAUAGGAAGCAUAAGUGGAUAGUUGUUCCAAAGUUGGACAAGGAUGAUCAAGAAGUGUUCUUUUCUGCUGUGUUAGAGAAGCCGCCAAGACCAUUUCGUUAA